AUGCGAGAGGCUCAAAUCUACGAACGCGAGGGACACGAUGAGCAAGCCUACCUACUCCUCUUCCGACACGCCCAACUGGUUCUGGUACACCUAUCCAAACACCCCGAUGCCCAGAAGGAUGAUAAGGACCGACAGGCCCUAGUGAAAGCCGAGAAGGAGGUCGAGAAAAAUCUGGCCAAGUUGGAAGCGCUCAAGCCGCGGAUCAACAAACGUUAUGAACGGUACACCCAGCUCAUGCGCGAGCGUCAAUCUCGAAAGGUUUCUUCGGAUGUCAACGUGCUGCCCGAACCUCGCGAGCGACCCGCGGAUCCCGCAUUGACUGGUGUUGCCGAGCCAUUGGAAGCAGGCGAGAACCGAGAUCUUGCGGUUCGACUGGCGCACUCGGAGCUCAACCGGAGAGCUACUGUCCGGAGUCGUCGUGCAGCUGGUGAUUGGGGGGACUGGGAGAACGCCUAUAAGACGGAGCCCCGCUCAGCUGAUCAAGACUUGAGCCAGCGCAUCCAGAACAUCAGAUCAAACCUGGAUAAUAAGGGCGCCGCGGGCCAGUUACAUCGGCGGCAGCCAUCGGCUCCGCGGGAAUCUACCUCCUUUAUGGACUCGGCAUACAAGUAUCCCAGCGUACCGCGACAGAAGCCAUUGGAGCCCGUCAUCACCUCAGCCCAGAUUCCCAUUCGCGAUAAUAAUGCCGAGCGGCGUGUACCGCCGAUAUUGCCUCCAAAGCAACAUAUCGAGCCCAGCAAGGCUAUUGUCGAUGGUGCUGUGGAAUCAAGAAUUUCAUCCCUUUCAUCCCAGUUUUCCAAAGGGCCUCAAUUACCCGAGAAAGUUCGGCUUUCUGAAGAUACCCCACCUGCGAAACCAGACCUCGAUCCAGCUAGCUACACUUUCAAACCAUCCGCCUACUUGGAAAAUGGCAGUCCAUUGCGCUCGGUAUUCCUUCCCACCAGCCUACGCGCCCGGUUCCUCUCCUUGGCAGCUUCGAACACCAAGAACAACCUGGAAACUUGUGGUAUCCUGUGCGGUACACUAGUUUCCAAUGCUCUAUUCAUCUCACGGCUGGUCAUCCCCGAACAAAUCGCUACGUCUGAUACUUGCGAGACUACGAAUGAAUCUGCCCUCUUUGACUAUUGUGACUCUGAGGAUCUGAUUAUGCUCGGUUGGAUUCACACCCACCCAACCCAGACAUGUUUCAUGAGCUCGCGCGAUCUUCAUACCCAUUCCGGCUACCAGGUCAUGCUUCCUGAAAGCAUUGCCAUUGUCUGCGCGCCUAGCAAGAACCCAGACUGGGGCGUUUUUCGUCUGACCGAUCCUCCGGGUCUAAAGACAGUUCUUAACUGUACUCAGACCGGUCUAUUCCACCCUCAUCCCGAGGAGAACAUCUACACGGGGGCGUUGCGGCCGGGACACGUCUUUGAAGUCAAUGGACUUGAGUACGAAACUGUGGAUUUGCGACCCAAGGGGCAAUAG